CAGAAAUUGCUCUCUGUGAGUGCAGUCUCCAAAAAAUUAUUAUUUAAAAUGUUUUUUUGUUGUUUUUUAAAUCAGUCAUCACGAAUGACUGUGGAAAAAGUAAUGGAAAAUCAGGAAAAUCAUUGGUCAAAAUGUGUGAAAAUCCUCCCAGUGCCAAAUUCUCAACCAAUUCCCCAAAAUGUUUUGAUGUUUUUGUAUGCUACUUUGUAUUGAAGAGUGUGUAGAGAGGAAUAUAGAGGAGACUUAUAUGAGAUGCUUAAUAUGAGCAUCUUUUGAAUGAGUGCCAAUGCCAUGAUGUCUGAAGAGUUUGUAAACUAACUACAAGGCCCAAUAUUAUUAAAAUUAUUAAAAGUAUUACCCAUCCAAAUGAGGGAAAUGAACUCUAUUCAAGCUCACUGACUGUUGCUAUUGUAUGUUCUCUUCACCUCAAGUGCUCGCUAAACAUGAGUCAGCUCGAUUUGAGCACAGACGUCAAUGAACUCACCUGUUGUCUGAUUGUGGCAUCUGUUGCGUUUCAUUAAAAAGCGAUUAAAAACCAGAGGGCGAUCUCACCUUCAGCAGGACCGUCCGGCCCGAAUCACCUUCUUCUCACCGUUCUGCUUUCCGUCCCAGUGGAAUCACGUCCCUGGUGAUACACCACUUGAAAUCUUCGGAUAGUUUCCCCCAUCGCAGGAUGACCCUACCGCGAGAAAAGGGCCGACGACAGGCAGUUCGCGGCCCGGCGUUCAUGUUCAACUCCCGUGGCAGCAGCCUCACGGCGGAGGAAGAGCGCUUUCUGGACGCGGCGGAGUAUGGUAACAUCCCGGUGGUCCGGAAGAUGCUGGAAGAAUCACCCACACUCAACGUGAACUGCAUGGACUACAUGGGACAGAACGGGCUACAGCUGGCCGUCGGCAACGAACACCUGGAGGUCACCGAGCUGCUCCUGCGGCGAGACAACCUGGCCCGUGUCGGGGAUGCGCUCCUGCUGGCGAUUUCUAAAGGUUACGUGCGUAUCGUGGAGGCCCUGCUGGGACAUCCGUCCUUUGCGGGCGGCGAACGACUCACCCGCAGCCCCUGCGAGCUGCAAGACGACGACUUCUACUCGUACGACGAGGACGGCACGCGGUUCUCGCCCGAUAUCACGCCUAUCAUCCUGGCCGCCCACUGCCAGAAAUACGAGGUCGUGCACAUGCUGCUGAUAAAGGGCGCCAAGAUCGAGCGGCCGCAUGAUUACUUCUGUAAAUGCGCCGACUGCACGGAGAAGCAGAGGAAGGACUCGUUCAGUCACUCGCGCUCCAGGAUAAAUGCGUACCGCGGACUGGCCAGUCCGGCGUAUCUCUCUCUGUCCAGCGAAGACCCGGUACUGACCGCACUGGAGCUGAGCAAUGAGCUCACCAAACUCGCCAACAUCGAGAAAGAGUUUAAGGAUAAAAAGAACCGUAAUAAAGAGACAUCGCAGCACAAUGGCUUCUUUCUGAAUGACUACAGGAAGCUGUCUAUGCAGUGUAAAGACUUUGUAGUUGGCGUUUUGGAUCUGUGCAGGGACACGGAGGAGGUGGAGGCCAUCUUGAACGGAGAUAUAUCCGCUGAACUCGAAGAAGGCCAGCAUCAUCGCUCCCUGCUCAGCCGAGUCAAACUGGCCAUUAAAUAUGAGGUUAAGAAGUUUGUGGCUCAUCCGAACUGUCAGCAGCAGUUGCUGACGAUCUGGUAUGAGAAUCUGUCUGGUCUUCGGGAGCAAACCAUUGCAGUGAAGUGUCUGGUGGUUUUGGUGGUGGCGCUGGGACUCCCUCUGCUAGCUGUGGGAUAUUGGUUCGCCCCGUGCAGCAAACUUGGUAAAAUACUACGCAGUCCUUUUAUGAAGUUUGUUGCUCAUGCGGCCUCCUUUAUCAUCUUCCUGUGUCUGCUGGUGUUCAAUGCGUCCGAUCGGUUUGAAGGCAUCACCACCCUUCCCAACGUCACCGUCACUGACCACCCGCUCCAGAUCUUCAGAGUCAAGACCACACAAUUCACCUGGACAGAAAUACUGAUCAUGAUCUGGGUAGCAGGAAUGAUGUGGUCGGAGUGUAAGGAGCUCUGGACGGAGGGGCCGAGGGAAUAUAUCAUGCAGCUGUGGAACGUUCUGGAUUUCGGCAUGCUCUCUAUCUUCAUCGCAGCAUUCACCGCCCGCUUUUUCGCCUUCCUACAGGCAAUGAAAGCCCAGGAGUAUGUGGAUGAGAACAUCCACGUUCCAGACCUCUCAAUGGUCACGCUGCCGCCGGACAUCAAAUAUUUCACAUACGCGAGAGACAAGUGGCUUCCAUCGGAUCCUCAGCUGAUCUCCGAGGGUCUGUACGCCAUUGCUGUGGUCCUGAGCUUCUCUCGUAUAGCCUAUAUCCUCCCGGCCAAUGAGAGCUUCGGCCCGCUGCAGAUCUCCCUGGGACGAACCGUGAAGGACAUCUUCAAGUUCAUGGUCCUCUUCAUCAUGGUCUUCCUCGCUUUCAUGAUUGGCAUGUUCAUCCUCUACUCUUACUACCUGGGGGCAAAGGUUAACCCCGCCUUCACCACGGUUGAGGAGAGUUUUAAAACUCUCUUUUGGUCCAUAUUUGGGCUGUCUGAGGUGUCUUCUGUGGUGCUGAAAUAUGAUCAUAAGUUUAUCGAGAACAUUGGCUAUGUGCUGUACGGGAUCUACAAUGUUACCAUGGUGGUGGUUCUGCUCAACAUGCUUAUUGCCAUGAUAAACAGCUCGUACCAGGAAAUAGAGGAUGAUGCAGAUGUGGAGUGGAAGUUCGCUCGGUCUAAACUCUGGCUCUCGUAUUUUGACAAUGGCAAGACUCUCCCGCCUCCGUUCAGCAUCGUCCCCAGUCCAAAGUCCUUUUAUCUGUGUAUCAAGAGACUGGUCAACCUGCUCCGGUGUCGCCGGCGCCGCCUGAAAAAAGACGUGGAGCUGGGCAUGGACAACUCGAAGUCCAGGCUGAACCUCUUCACCCAGUCCAGCAUGAGGAUGCCAGACUCUCACAGCUUCAACAGCAUCCUAAAUCAACCCACACGCUAUCAGCAAAUUAUGAAGCGUCUCAUCAAACGCUAUGUACUGAAAGCACAAGUGGACAAAGAAAAUGAUGAAGUGAAUGAAGGCGAGCUGAAGGAGAUCAAGCAGGAUAUUUCCAGUCUGCGAUACGAGCUGCUGGAGGAGAAAUCUCAGGCCACAGAAGAGCUCUCACUCCUCAUACAGAAACUCAGUGACAAACUCAACCCGCGACCUGUCCAUCCACACUGACACAAAUCAACGGUGAAGCCAUUCUUUAUUCUAUUCUAUUCCACUUUAAUAUGCAGAGAUCCUGAGCUUUGUCUGAACAUUGGCAGAUGAGGGCAUAAAUUAUACACUUCUCCUUUAAGUUACUGUUAACUAGAAGGUAAAAUGUGCAGUGACUCUUUCUUUUUUUUUUUUUUUUUUGCUGACUGUGUAUUUCACCCUUUAAUAACAAUGGGGAUUUGAUUGACAGUUCCAUGCACUCAAAGAUUUCAGUAUUUGAAUUGCACAUACAAUUUCCAGCCAUUUGGAUUACACCGUUUUAAAAUAAACUAAAAAACUUAUUGUAAUGCAUAUUUGUCAGUCAUACAUAAAUGAUUUUCAGAAAGAUUCUGUAUCUCUAAAAUUUUUAUGUCUUGAGACACUAUUGUAGUUUAAUAUUUUGAAUAUAUUUUUAUAUAUAUAUUUUUCAUUUCUAUUUUAAAGUUUUAUAAAUUGUGAUGUUUUUUUUUCUCGUUUUUAUUAUUUAAUUUUUAGUAAUUAUAUUUCUGUAUUAAUUAUUUUAGUACAUCAAAUUAAAUAGUACAUUAAAUUAAUCCAAAUUAAAAUAAGAACAUUUUCCUUGGCAACUACCUGUUUUUUAUGAUUUUUUUUUUUUUCAGUUAAUGUUUAUUUUAUUUUAUUUUAAGUAACAUUUAAGUAGUAUUUAUUCAGACUGCUCAGCAUAAAUCUGUUCAUUGUAAAAACAAUUACAUUUAUUCAGUAAAAAAGUAUGAACAAGCAAUAUUCAAAUAGUUAAAAUUUAGAUUGAAACAAAUAAUUAUUGAUGACAAAUAUAUAAACCUAAUAAUUGCGUACUGUAUUUAAAAUGCAUUCAUUUGAUUACUAUUACAAAACUUGGUAACCUGUUUCAUUUAUGGAUGACUGACACAUAUGCAUCACAGUAUGUUUAUUAGUUCAUGUUAAAACUCUGUGAUCCGAAUGGAUGGAAAUGUAUAAACAAUUCAAAUGCAUACAUCUUCAAUUUAGAUCUAAAUAUUUUUGAGAGUGUAGAGAGUGUAUUUUACUGCAACUUAAUUUAAUAAUAACUGGAAGUGCAAUAUUCAGUACACAAGUGUUCAUUACCUCCUGUACCUGUAGAGCACUGAAAUGUGUGUAGUGACUGUAUAAUCAAAGAUUCUAGAUGAUAUAUGUAAAUCUGUCCUAUAUAAAUUGCUAUAUUUAACUGUUACUUUUUUAUGUUUAUUUUUUUUUUAUUAUUUAUUUAUGUUUAGUUGUGUUUGUUGCACAUAUCUGUGUGUGUAAAAUAUCAUGCAUUUUAUGUAAAAUAGAGGUAAUUCUGAAUAUUUCAAUUAGCAAAAUGUACAGUAUUUCUCAAUCAACUUUAGGCAGGGAAGUUGUUUGUCUUUAUCCAUUCCCAGCAUUCCUUGGGAACCUGUAUUAGUGUAAUUGUAAAACUACAAAGUUAAUAGAUGAAAUAUUAGUGGUCAAGUGUCCAUAAAACCUUUAGGAUGGAGAGACCUUCUGAGAGCUUCUAGCACAAAUCUAUGCAGGGUAAAUGUUUAUCUGUAUGUCACAGUUGUCAACACAUGACAAAUUAUUAUUAAUAAUAUUAUUUAUUUAUUGUUGGUCACUUUAGUUGUUGUUUUGUUAAAGUCACUUCAACUGUGUGAACAGAAGUUAAUUAGCUGUUUACUGGCUUUCUGUUUAAUUCAUAUUCAGUACUUGUUGCCUGAAUCUUAUUUCAAGCAAUGGUUUGUCCAAAAAUGAAAAUUCUGUCAUCAUCAUUUAUCAAACCCGUAUUAUUUAUUUCUUUGUCUGAAAUACAAAAGGAAGAAAUUUGAGCUGCACUUUUACAGAGAAGCAAAUGUUGGUUUAUAAUGUAAAACCAUCAAAACAGUCAAUACGGCUUGUGGGAAUUUUCAUCUGUGAGUGCAUUAUUCCUUUAAGAAGUGUUUUUGUUUGUUUUAGAUGUGUUUUGUUUGUUGGUUUUGUGAUGUCAGAGCAGAAAUGAGCUUGUGCAGAUCAUGAUAUUUAAAAUAUUUUUGUGUAAAAACCUGGAUUUUGAGAAUCAAUGCUGUUCAACUGAGUGUUUUUUUUUUAGUGUCAUUAUGAAUUGUUGGUCCAUAGAGGGCGCCAUUUCAUUUCACAAAGUGCAACUCUGCAUUCUCAAAAAACUCAAGGCUCUCUUGAUGAAUUAUAUAUUUAGGCUGUAGCCAAAUGAAAAUCAGUACAUGGCAUAUUUCAUGAUAGACACAGUAUAUCUGCAGUAUAUAUUUAGGAUCAGAGCAGGGCUACUCAACAAAAAAAUAUGUGUGAAAAUGUCAAUUCAGAUUUGUUUUUGCUUGUAUUUUCUUUUCAUUUACUUAGAUGUUUAAGCUAUGCAUUUUCAUAUAAUUAUUAUCAAUCAAAUGAUUUUAGAGGGCAAUCUGAGAAAUGUAACUAUGACAUAUAUAAAUAUUACUGUAAUACAAUAGCAUUGAUUUUUAAUGUUUUCUAAAUAAAACCUA